AUGUUCAACCUGGACACACAACGCACGCUCCCCAGACGAAAAAGCCGAUAUGCGAUACGAGGCAGAGGAACGAAUGUUGCCCCAUCCUACAUUUCAAACCCACAGUUUGCCGCCGACCCUUUACAGCGGUGGCAAGAUUCACCACCGGAAGAUGAACCGGCCUCGCUGUCAGCGAUCAUGGAAUCUCUGAGAAAAUUCCCGCCAACCUAUGAUCAAGAAAGCAGCCAUGGAAUAGGCACUGCAAGCCUGGGUCCAUUGCAUGAUUCUUUCAAGGGAUACCGGCAUCGAACCACGUCAAUACCCAGCUCACAAAGUAGCGCCCACAGUGUCUCUUCGCAGCCCUCUUCCACCUCGGCCAAAUCGGCAACCUCCCGGAAGUCCCAAGGUCCGAUACGGUCUUCCAAAAAGCGUGCUACUGGACGUGUGCGUAAGGGCAGGAGUGCGAAAAUGAAUCCCGGGGAAAAAGGCCGUCUGUUUUGUUGCACCUUUUGUUGCGAUCAGUUCCGAACCAAAUAUGACUGGGCUCGACAUGAAAAGUCUCUCCAUCUGAACCUGGAAGAAUGGGUCUGUGCACCCCAAGGCGGCACAGUGGUUUCUCCUUCUACUGGGAGAAGGCAUUGCUCGUUUUGCAACAUGCCAGACCCGACAGCGGAACACCUCAACGGACACAAGUAUGAGCCUUGCAUGGGUGGUACGCGCACUUUCCGUCGCAAGGACCAUCUGGUGCAACAUCUGCGACGGACGCAUCAUCUCGAGACCCUACCCCAGAUCGAUGAUUGGAAAGUCCAAGGGCCCCCAGUCACGUCUCGCUGCGGUUUCUGUGACCAGAGGCUGUCGUCCUGGGAAGAGCGAGUCGAUCAUCUCGGCAAUCACUUCCGCAGUGGAUCGACGAUGGACGACUGGCGAGGGGACCAUGACUUCCCUCCGGCCAUUGCCAAACUUGUGGUGAACUCGCUGCCACCGUAUCACAUUGCUUCGGAUUCGCGUGUACUUGUGCCGUUCUCAGCCACAAACUUCCACCACUACGACCAUCUCAACCAGAUAAAAUCACGACUGGGGGCGAGCGAGUUGAAUGCCCCUGACCAUGAACUGAAUGCCGACAGCCAGCUAGGGUCUUUCGGAGAAUCAGCCAGUGCUGGGUCGGGGAACGAUAUGAUUGAGGUCCUUGUGUUUCACCUGAGUCGCUUUGCGCGCCAGCAGAUGGACAAGGGGAUCAUUCCUACGGACGAAAUGCUGCAGCAGGAGUCGAGGCGACUGGUUUACGACUGCGAGGAUUCAUGGAAUCAGACCAUCUUUGACAAUCCCAAGUGGAUUGCUGCCUUCCGACGCCAGCAUAUUGAUCAAGUGGCAGAUUCUGAGAGGGAUGGGAUGCUGCAUCAUUUGGAUGGUUUUUCCCUUCAUGACGAUGAUCACGGACCAAAAUUAGAUAAUGCAUGA